UAGAUGAGGUUUGCUCCAGAGGCGUUCCACAGAGCUUAAAAACAGGAAAGUUUACAUUUCUGUCGUCUUUGGUCCUUACAAUCAUUACUUUGCUUUUGGAGGGAUUGUAGUUUAUAUCAAUGUCUCUGCCAUAGUCAGAACAAGCUUUUAAAAGUGUUUGUAACCCAGCACUGUAGGGGCUAAAAAUGACAAGGUCAUCAGCAUACAUAAGCAAUACGGCUUUUGGCAAAGGUUGCCAUUGAGGUGAGAUUAUGCAUCAGGCUAAACAAAAAUGUCUUAAACAACAUGCCUUCAAAUGAACUGGUUCAGAACCAUGUAGUAAAAUUUGGUCAAAAGAUUUAUUUUUUAAAAUGUCGGAAAGCUGCGUUUAUUUUGAAACUUGUAAAUAUAAAUAAAGUUUUUUUUUUUUGAAGUACGAGCAGUCUACCCAGAUUGCACUGCGGUCUCAGUGAAAAUAUGGCGGCGAGGGCACCAGUGGCUACGGGCAGGCUCAUGCUUGGUUUCCGCAAAUGGUAUUACAACCUGUGUGGCUUCAACAAGCUUGGGUUAAUGCGGGAUGACACAAUAAUUGAGGAUGCAGAUGUGAAAGAAGCCCUUAGGAGGCUUCCAGAAAGGGUUUACAAUGACAGGAUGUUCAGAAUCAAGAGAGCCUUGGAUCUCUCUAUGAAGCAGCAGAUUCUCCCAAAAGAGCAAUGGACAAAAUACGAAGAGGAGGACUUUUACCUGACUCCAUACCUGGAGGAGGUGAUCCGUGAGAGAAACGAAAAGGAGGAAUGGAUGAAGAAAUGAGACGAUCUUCAGUCACAACUGUUAUCUGUCCUAAGUCGGUUCAUAAUUGUCCCGUGGUGUAAUAUAUGAAAUAAAAUGUAACGCAUGUUAAGAAAGCCCAUUAAAAAAUUCUACAUGUUUAAGAGGCC